ACACAGAAAAAAAAAUCUAAAAAGAGUACGUGUCCCUCUCGGCUUCUAAUCAUCAUUUUGUUAUUUCGUCAAAGUCUUGUAUCUUCUCACCUUUAUUUAUCAAUUUUUUGGUUUGAUAAAAUUGUUUAGUUUUUUAUUUCACAAUCGACAUUCAAUAUUUUGUAUAGUUGAGAAGUGACAGUCACAAAAUAAUCGUCGUGUGGGAGUAUUCAAAAGGGGCGGAAUACAAAACAUAAACCAAAUUCAAUUUCUGUUAAAGAAAUCCCAAAAAAAACUUUCAAAUCAAUGUACAAUCCGCUUUCCAUCCGCCAAGUCGACCUAAUUCGAUUUAAACAUCAAAUUCUUGUAUAGUUCAAUCGAAAAUAACAAAAGAAACAAAGUUAAAGGCUUUUUCUGGCCAAGACCACGACCCCACUCCACAUUCACACAAUGUCAGUGUCAAGGCAGGUCCGCAAUUAUUCGUUUGUUUAUGUUCUACUUGGUUUUUUGGUCUGUACAGCAUUUGGUUAUUUCUCUUCACCCUCGUCGUCAUCGUCGAAUUCGAAUGAUGACAAAAGUUGUUUCUGUGAGCUCAAAGGUUCAAUAAACGAUUGCAGUUGCAACGUGGACACUGUCGAUCAUUUUAACAAUGUUAAAAUCUAUCCCCGUUUAAAAAGUCUCCUUGUGAAGAAUUAUUUUCGAUUUUACAAAGUUAAUCUGCAACAGGAUUGUCCAUUUUGGCCAGAUGAUAGCAAAUGUGCUAUGAAAUUUUGUCAUGUGGAACAUUGCGAGGAGAAGAAUAUCCCAGCUGGAAUUAAGGAGACGAGCGAUGAGAUGCCAGCUUUUAAAUACAGCAAAGAAGGUCAAAUGCUUGGUUGUGAGGAUGACGACUUCAAUACUGAGCUCGGUUUUCUUGACACCAGUAUAAGUGAUCAUGUUCAUAAAGAAUUCGCCAAAUGGGCAGUUCACGACGAAGCCGAAGAAGACUUUUGCAUUCUCGAUGACAUGCAAAAUGGAGCCCAAUAUGUCGAUCUCUUACUCAAUCCUGAACGUUACACUGGCUACAAGGGCGAUUCUGCUCAUCGAAUAUGGAAAAGUAUCUACUUGGAGAAUUGCUUCACAGCUAACAAUCGAACCAAAUCACUAUCAUCGUUUAUUCCACAAUUGGAACUACGAGAUGUUUGUUUGGAACAAAAAGCUUUCUAUCGAUUGAUCUCUGGUCUCCAUACGAGUAUCAAUAUUCAUUUGUCAUCAAAGUAUUUACUCUCAGAUUCAAGUGAUUUUAUACAUCCAAAAGGUGUAUGGGGUCAUAAUUUAGAAGAAUUUAAAAGACGAUUCGGUGCCAGUACUACGAUGGGUGAAGGACCACACUGGCUUAAGAAUUUGUAUUUUAUAUAUUUGGUGGAACUUCGGGCUCUUGCUAAAGCUGCACCAUAUUUAAGAAGAGAAGAAUAUUAUACUGGAAUCGCAGAUGAAGAUGAAGAAGUCAAAUUGGCUAUUAAUGAUUUGUUGAAUGUUGUUGAAGCAUUUCCAUCACACUUUGAUGAACACCUUCUGUUUUCCAAUGGUUUUGGAUCAAUUAAACUCAAACACGACUACAAAGAGAAAUUUAGAAAUAUUUCUAAAAUAAUGGAUUGUGUUGGCUGUGACAAAUGUCGACUUUGGGGAAAGUUACAAACUCAGGGACUUGGAACAGCAUUAAAAGUACUUUACUCAGAAAAAUUAGAAAUCGCCACCGAACAUGGUCUAUGGGACAAUCAUUUUACCUCGCCAGAUGCAAUAUUUCGCUUGACAAGAUCCGAAAUUGUUGCUCUUUUUAAUGCAUUUGGAAGACUCUCAAACAGUAUUUACGAGCUAGAAAACUUCCGUAAACUUUUAAGGUAACUGUAGAUGCCACUCAACGUAUUUUAGUAUGGCAGUUAAUUUGGACAACAAAAUGUAACAUCUUCCAAAAAAAAACAAACGAAGUUAAGAUAUUAUACAAAAUUCAGGGAUCAAUGUACCCCCGAUAUCAUUCAAUUCAUUUAGAUGUUUGUAGAACCCUUUAUAAAAUUCAAAGUUUUCCCAUUUUGUGAGAUCCUUUGGUGGUUCUUUUCCAUAAAUUAAAAAAAAAAAUAUGUAACUUUUGUCAAUUUUAAUGUGUGUAAGUGUGCUCUUAGCCAGUUAUGUAUAAAAAUUUAAGUU